AAUCUGUGACUCAACCACGAGUUUACGUCUCGCAGAAGUUUCACACAGAAAUGUAGAGUUUUAUUAUUCAACCCACAAAGCAAACGAGGACAUAUAAAUAUCACUUCAUAAUUUUACCAUAGAGAAUGGAGACGGAAAUACAGCUGGAAACUGAGGAUAAGACCAAACCAGACUCCAGUGCAGUGGAGCUCAGCUCUGUUCAGAGCUCCAUGAGGGCGGAGUCGGGAGGGAUUGUGAACGCUCCCUCAUUGGUCAGCAGCCAUUUCUCAGCUCCAGUCGUCUUUAACUUCAAUACGAGUACUGCAGAGCGCGAAAAAGAACCUUCAGUGGGUUGUGAUGAGUCAAGAAAACGAGAGCUUCGCGAUUCUCUGAAGUCCUGCACGAGAAAUCGAUGCAACAUGAUCUACGAAGGAACGUCUGAUGGAGGAAGCAGCAUCACAUUGACUGACGUCUACACAGAGCUCUAUAUUGUGGAGGGUCAUACCGGUGGAGUCAGUAAUCAACAUGAGGUCUGGAAGAUUGAAGCAAUGUCGAGGGCUAUUGCUGUAGAUUCUCCAGUUGAGUUCAGGGACGUUUUCAAGAAGAGUUCAGACUCAGAAACACUGAGAACGGUGCUGACGCUGGGAAUCGCCGGGGUGGGGAAGACGGUUUCCGUGCAGAAGUUUGCCCUGGAAUGGGCGGAAGGAAGAAACAAUGAAGACAUUGACUUUGUGUUCCUGAUGUCAUUCCGAGACCUGAAUCCCAUCAUGGAUGAGUGCUUCAGCUUCUACAAGUUACUGUGUUACUUUUACCGCCAGCUUAACCUGAAGACGGAGGACGUAGAGGCUCUUGGCGGUUGCAACAUCUUGCUUGUUUUUGACGGUCUUGACGAAAGCCGCCUCAUGCUAAACUUUGGAAGCAGUAAAAUAGUGAGCGACGUGACCGAGACGUCAUCCGUUGACCUUCUGAUCAUCAAUCUGAUCAUUGGAAACAUGCUUCCAUCGGCUCGCGUCUGGAUAACCUCGCGGCCAGCCGCAGCCCAUCAAGUCCCCAGUCGGUACGUUAACCUGGUGACAGAAGUACGAGGGUUCAAUGACGACCAGAAGGACGAGUACUUCAAGAAGAGAAUCAGCGAUCAAGAACAAGCCAGCAAAAUCAUCUCCCACAUUAAGAAAUCCAAGAGCCUUCACAUCAUGUGCCACAUACCUGUAUUCUGCUGGAUAUCUGCAACUGUGCUUCAGCUUAUGUUGGACGAUGACAAAAAAGGAGAAGAAGAAGAACGCCAAGAAAAAGGAGGAGACGUGCCCACAACUCUGACAGGAAUGUACACCAACUUUAUGCUCUACCAGAGUGACCUAAAAGUUCAGAAGUACCCUGAGAAGUAUCCGAAGAAAUCAAAGGAAUGUGCAUAUUAUUCUGAGGAAAUCCUGAAGCUGGCAGAGCUUGCGUACAAGAACCUCAUGAGGGAAAAAUUCAUUUUCUUUAAAAAAGAUCUGCAAGAGUGUGGCAUCGACAUCGAAGCAGCUUCGGUGUAUUCAGGGAUGUUCACCGAGAUUUUCCGAAAGGAGAAAACUCUAUUCAAGUCCAAGGCUUACAGCUUUGUGCACUUAAGCAUCCAGGAGUAUCUCGCCGCUUUAUUUGUAUUCUACAUGUACAGCACCGCAAGAACCAAUCUUCUCAAUGAAACCUUCACUGAAAAACUGAAAUGGAGAUUAAAAAGCAACCUCCACGACCUUCACAAAUCUGCCAUCAACAAGAGUUUACAGAGCGAGUCUGGACAUCUGGAUCUCUUCCUUCGUUUCCUCCUUGGUAUCUCACUAGAGUCCAAUCAGAGCCUUCUGGUAAAGAUCUUUCCACAGCUGAGCUUGAAGGAAAGAGUCAGGAACACAGCCCAGUUCAUCAAGAGGAAGAUCAGGAUGAAGAUCUCCCCAGAGAGGAGCAUCAACCUUUUCCACUGCCUGAAUGAGAUGAAUGAUCACUCUUUGGUGGAGGAGAUUAAGAGUUAUGUGGGAUCUCAAUCAGAUCAUCAGCUCACCCCAGCAGAGUGCACUGCCCUCGUCUACCUACUCUUGAUGUCAACGGAUGAUCUUGAGGAAUUUGACUUGAAGAAAUAUCUAAAGUCAGAUGAGGGUCUGCGGAGAACCAUACCACUGGUAGUUUCCAGUAGAAAAGCUCUGCUGAAUGACUGUAAUCUAACUAAACAGAGCUGUGAAAUUCUGGCGAAUGCCCUUAGCUCAAGCAUGUCCUGCCUAACUGAGCUAGACCUGAGUGACAAUGAUUUGCAAGAUGUUGGAAUAUUGUUGCUAGCUCAGGGGCUAAGCAGUGUAAACUGUAAACUUCAGCUACUCAAGUUAUGUCGGUGCCUUAUAUCAGAGAAAGGCUGUUUAUCUCUGGUUGCAGCUCUGAGUUCAAGUGUCUCAAAGCUCAUAAAGCUGGACAUCAGUUACAACAACAUAGGAAAGAAUGGAGUGAAGAUGAUCUUCGACAUAAUAGAAAAUCCAAUGUAUCAUCUGGAGGAACUGACAGCAGACCAUUUUGGUGAGAUUCAUAUGAGGACCAGUUUUCUGAGUUAUACAAUUGAGCUGACCCUGGACAUCAACACUGCUCAUCGCUCUCUCCGUUUGUCGGAUGAUGGCAGGACAGUGUCUUGGAGCUUAAGCGAAAUCUCCUAUCCGGAUCAUCCAGACCGAUUCCAGACGUGGAAGCAGGUGAUGGGCGGAGAGGCUCUAACUGGGCGGCAUUACUGGGAGGUGGACUGGGGGAGCAGUGUGUUUGGAGUGACCAUAGGCCUGACCUAUAAAGGAAUCGGCAGGACCGGAGACGCCAGCGUCUGCUUGGCAGGACAUGAUGAUCAGUCCUGGAGCGUUCACUGCUCCAACUACAGCUACUGUGCUUUACAUCGCGGCAAGAAGAUCGACCUGCUGAAGACCCCGGAUGAGAAUUUCGAGUCUGAGAGGAUUGCGGUGUUUCUGGACUGGCCGGCGGGAAAGCUCUCCUUCUACAGAGUCGACGACGACGAUAAACUGAUCCACAUCUACACGUUCCACACUAUCUUCAGAGAACCUGUUUACCCCAUCUUCAGACUCAUCCAUCACGCUGCUACACUGACCUUAUCACCGGGCGAAGGCUGACAGUUUUUUACCCCUGUGAAAAAGUCCUAUAUAUUUCAAUAUAAUAAAUGUGUACUUAAACUAUACGUGUAAUAAUCUCCUUAUCCUUAUACUAUAUUUGUACC